AUGGGAGAAGGGAGCCAGAACGUGGGAUCACCAUCCCUAUGGAAGAAUAAGAGCGACAAGAACGCCAUGGAGAAGAGCAUGAUCUUUGAGAUGCUUUCGCGAGGGCGAGGAAGGCUGUUGAAUGCUCUCAACAAAUCAGAUAUGAACAAGCUCGUCGAGGUUUCAGAGAUCGUAGAUUAUGACAGAGAUGCUGAAAUCAUCGCGGAUGGCGAAGACCUCACUGAUGAAAUGCUCGUCCUGAUGCAUGGCUGCGUGACUGGCAAUGUGAAGCGACCAGGCAUGCCACCAUCGCGAUUCCAGACAAGAGCACCAGGCGCUUGCUUCGGCUUACUUGAAACGGAGAACGCAAGCCUGCAUAUGGUAGCUGCGAGUGAAGUGCGGAUGUGCAGAAUAUCAUGGGAGGACUUGUCGUCCCUCUUCCUGUCAAAGUCAGAGGCGAAGCUUGUUCUUGACAGCGCCGAGAGAGAGCUUGCUGCCAAGACCAUUCAGCGUCGAGGACCUCCUUUCAACUGCCUCUCACUCAUGGAGACCACGAGGUUGGCGGAGAGAUGUAGAUUGAGAUGGUACCAUGCGGGUGAAGUCGUGUACAAGCUGCCGCAGACGUCCGUCAACGACGAGUUUGUCGUCUUUGUGCUCGUCGCAGGAGCAGUGUCAGUGGAACCCUACCCCAGGAGGGACCCCAAGAGCCAAUACUACUUCGUGGUCGACACGCCGGGAAAGCUCAUCGGUUGUUCAAAGAAGAUCGGAGAGAUAGAGAACCUUGACAAGAUCGUCUCAACAGGAGAGAGUUGCGUCUGCACCAUGACUCUCAAGUCCCUUGAUGAAUUCCUCCACUUCCGAGGGUCCAAAGAGAUCAACUACGUCUCUGAGAUCCGCUUGAACACCUCAAAGAUGACGGAGGUUGUCCUGAGUGACAUGCUGGUUGCUCAGAGAAUGACCUUGUUCUCCCUGUGGGAGCAAGGGGACGGGGCCCUGAAGAGCUCGUUAAAGAAGCUGCACGAGUUCAGGAUGAGCAAGCAAAACAUCGAGGAUGCUCAGUCUCACAUCAGUCCAGCCCUGGACCUGGCAGACCACGCGAUGAACGAGUUCAGCAAGGUGCUCAACAUGUUCUCUACUGACUUUAUGGUUGACGGGGUCGACCUGGAAGACAUCAAGAUACGUCUACUCUCCAUCCUCUCCCUACAGACUCACUUAGCCGAGCUCCUUCCUCCUGGUAUCGUCAAGGCAGAGGCAACCCGGAAGCUGCAGGUGGCAGCAAGAAUUCUAAAUGACCGAGAGACCCACGUGAUGGAACUUCAGUCCAAGAGCCACCCCACGGACUUCGGAUCUCUGGCAGACGUGACGGAAGUAUUGGAGAACUUGCCGUCGAGGAUAGUGAAGUUGGAGGAGAUGAUAGUGAAGUACAGGGAGACUCUGUUGCAACGAGUGCCGGGGGUUCAAGGACAGAAGAUGUUUGAGAACUUGAUGAUCUGGCAUGAGAGGAAGGGCAAGGUCUGGGCGCUGACCAGGGAGCUCACGAUCAAGCAGGCGUCUCUCUAUCCUCUUGUGAGUAGGAUGGAGGAGAUGAUGGAGGAGGGCAGCUUGGCUGAUUCCAACCUGGACCUCUACUACAGCAUGAGCUCGGUGCGUGAAGAGGCGCAGGCUCUCAAGUCCUCGCUGAGGCUCAGACUCUUCGUGUUGGACUGGACCAUGCUGCAAGCGCUCGUCCUCAAUGUACCUGAGGCCCUCGAGUCCUCGGCCUCCUUUGACAUGAUCCCCUUUGUCUCCCACUGUCAGAAGAUCACUGAGAUGUACGAAGAGCAUGCUCUGGCGAAGGUGCAGGCAACAAGGAUGGUGGACCAAGUCUUCAAGGACGCUUUCUCUGAGCAGACGUUGCCAGCCACGCGCAAGGGGAAUCGGAGGAUGAGCCUCGAGACCUCGCUGGUGCUCAAGGAUGCUGCUGGGAACGAGCUCGACUUCAAGCUCCCUCAGUUCAUGGAAGAGCUUGCUUCCUGGCUCUGCACACCAGACCCAGCACGUUGGGAGAAACAAGCCCGAAGGAUGCAAAAGAUCUCUCAGAUGAGGAGCUAA